AUGAAAACUUCCAUAUAUCCAGAUUCCAAGCCGGCGGUGUCGCCGACAGGUCCCACUGGGGCUUUUAUGGUUGAGUUGCUGAUCUGCAAUGGGUCGCCCUUCAAAGAUCACUGGGCUUAUUUUGUUCGAUCGCACGCGGACCCUGAUAUAGGCGUAAAGAUACAUGCGACCGGCAAUGUGAGAACUGGCUUCGAGUUUGAAAUCAAGCGUAGUGAAAACUUGCAAACAAGCGACGACAUUCCGUCGACAAGGGUCCCACUUCAAUGGGUCGAUGCAAAUUACUUUGACGAAAAGGCCAUGCUUAACGACGGAGAAUACAAAAUCGACAACGCACCUGUCUGCCGCUUCGAGAGGAGUACUUACGAGAUCAAAGCUCCAGGAAAAAGUCUCAACACAAUCAGUGAAGGGGCUAAACCACGUAUGAAAGUCAUUCAUAGAGAUUGCCAGACAUGGAUUGUCGAGUCAGCCGAUCAACUUCACCGUGACAACAUUCUGAACAAUGAGGUUGUCGCUUAUCUUCACGCAAUUCAACAGUAA